UUAUUUUAUCAGUAGAUUCGUGAGUCUUUCGGUGGGCGGAGGUUCAUUGAGUUUGGUUGUUAUUUGCGUUUUUAAUUUGAUUAUAAAAAAUAAAAUUAAAAAGUAGCAAUUAUCGGCAUACAUUUCAAAUCAAAUCUGACAGUAUAAAAAUGAGUGAAAAAAAUGAAAAUAAAAAGGAAAUUCGCGUGUGGUGUGAUGGGUGUUACGAUAUGGUGCAUUUUGGUCACGCAAAUUCGUUAAGACAGGCUAAAGCAUUAGGCGAUGUACUUAUCGUGGGAGUCCACACAGAUGAAGAAAUUUCUAAACAUAAAGGGCCCCCUGUAUUUACUCAAGAGGAACGGUACAAAAUGGUUAAAGCUAUCAAGUGGGUUGACCAAGUGGUGGAGGGUGCACCCUAUGUGACUACACUUGAAACAUUGGAUAAAUAUCAGUGUGAUUUCUGUGUGCAUGGAGAUGACAUUACAGUGACUGCUGAUGGAAUUGAUACAUAUCAUUUAGUGAAGAAAGCUGGUAGAUACAGGGAAGUGCAGAGAACUGCUGGUGUUUCCACCACAGAUCUCGUGGGACGCAUGUUGCUACUUACAAGAGAACAUUUCAAGAGAGGUGACAAAGAAUACUCCGUGGCGCUGGAACACUCGUCGAACCUCGGAACAGACUCCACCGCGCGGUCGCCAUACACCGGCUGUUCACAGUUCUUGCCUACCACACAGAAGAUUAUACAGUUCAGCAGUGGCCUCUCACCCAAACCAACUGAUAAGGUCGUCUACGUUGCUGGCGCUUUCGAUUUGUUCCACGUUGGACACUUGGACUUCUUAGAAGAGGCGCACAAGCAAGGAGACUUUCUGAUCGUGGGCUUACACACCGACCUCGAAGUGAACCGAUACAAAGGUUCCAACUAUCCCAUCAUGAACUUACACGAACGAGUAUUGUCCGUCCUCGCUUGUAAGUACGUGCAUGAGGUGGUAAUCGGCGCUCCGUACAGCGUGACCGCGGAGCUCAUGGAUCACUUCCGGGUGAAGGUGGUCUGUCACGGCGUCACCACCAUAGCUACCGACGCUGAUGGCAUCGACCCUUACCGAGUACCCAAGCAACGCGGCUGCUUUAAGAUAUUAAAUUCCGGCAAUAGUAUGACAACGGAAGACAUUGUUCAACGAAUAAUACGUCAUCGUCUCGAAUUUGAGGUACGAAAUACGCGCAAAGAGAAAAAAGAACUGGCUAUUACGAAAGCUUUGAAAAAUGAUCAGCAUUUGAAACAGAAUGGUAACUGUGAAGUUACUAAUAAUAGUUAAAUUAUUAAUUUUAAAUUAAAUUAAAUGUUUACCAAAUAUUUAUGUGUUAGAUGUGCUAUUUAGGUCUAGAAUUAGAGAAUAAACCGGUCAACUAUUGAUAUAAUAAACUUCUGCUAAUAAUCUUUAAACUUGUUAUGGUAAAUGUUUCAAUUGCAUUCUUCUAUGAUAUUGCCAAAAAAAAAUUAAUAAAAAAAUUAAAAUAAUCGAUAGUCGAUCAGCUUAUUCUAUAUUUUUGUCCUCUUGCUUCUACAGUCAUAAUACAAGAAUAUGAAAUAAUGUAACUGGUAUAUUACUGGUAACUUACAUGUAUUUUAAAACUAUUUAUUUUAUUUUGAAGCAUUCUAAUUCUAUAUACAUAAUAACUGUGUGUUGAUUAAUAGUUUUAAUAAAAUUCCAGUUUUUGCCCGCCUAUUAAUUACAAUAUACAUUAUUAUAUUACUAUAGAACAUAUGAUACUUUUAUUGUACUAUAGAUGAAUCGAAUAGUAAAGAUUAUUAUUGUUUAUGGUGUUCAGCAUAUUUCUAACAUUAUCAUUUUAUGAUGGCAUAUUAAAUUAUUGAAAUGAGCAUUUCUUAUUAUAAUGAUGUGUCCCAUAUGUUUAUUUAUUUUUACAAUACUCUAUUUUCGAAACACUAGUUCUUAUAUGAAAUGUCGCUAAUUUUACCUUUUAUUGUGCCAUUGGCAAUAUUAUGUAUUAUUGGUUUAUAAUUGGAACCAAUCUUAGAAUUUGUUCAAUGUUGUUUAUUUUACAAUAUUGUUAAUUAGUUAGGAUCUAAUAAUUAUUAUGUACGUUAAUUUUAGUUUGACGUUGUGUACAAAUUGUUUUUGUUGAUGUUUUAUUUCUGUUACUAAAUAUAAUUUACACUCUCAGAGGAGACAUUUUAUCCAGCUCUCUUAGAUCUUAACGAAGAAAGAUUAAUUAAAUAUUACUAUUCAUUUUGUAGAUCCAGGGUCUGCAAUGUUUAUGGAUCGUACUCUAUUUAAAUAAAAGUUGUAUAAAGAUA